GCCGGAAGUUAGCCGUGAGGCCUCGUUUCGUAUUUGCUGUGGAUUGUUACUGCUCGGGGAGAAGAAAGUCGCGUUAUGGGUUGAUCCACUCCAAAUGGGGGAUGAAAAGGACAACUGGAAGGUAAAAACACUGGACGAGAUAUUGCAGGGAAAAAAACGGAGGAAAGAGCAAGAGGAGAAAGCAGAACCGAAGCACUCCAAAAAUGCUGAUGACCGUGAUUCCAAAAGAGAUUCCUUAGAAGAAGGAGAGCUUAGAGAUCAUAAGAUGGAAAUAACAAUAAGGAAUUCACCAUAUGGAAGACAGGAUUCAUUGGAAGACAGGCGUGAGGAAGAUGAUUCCCUGGCUAUUAAGCCCCCACAACAAAUGUCGCGAAAGGAAAAAUCUCACCACAGGAAAGAUGAGAAGAGAAAACAGAAGCACAGGAGGCGAAGCCAUUCAGCUGAAGGAGCUGGAGGCAAACAUGUUCGAGUAAAAGAGAAAGAGAGAGAGCAUGAGAGGAGGAAGAGACAGAGAGAGGAGCAAGACAAGGCCCGGCGUGAUUGGGAAAGGCAAAAGAGAAGAGAUUUGGCUAGAGAACAUUCUAGGCGAGAGAGAGAUCGUCUGGAGCAAUUACAGCGUAAACGGGAGCGUGAGCGGAAGAUGCGGGACCAGCAGAAAGAGCAAAGGGAGAUGAAAGAGAGAGAGAGAAGAGCAGAGGAGAGACGCAAGGAACGUGAAGCCAGAAGAGAAGUGGCUGCGCACCACAGAACAGCCAGGGAGGAACACGGAGAGAAAACCAAAGUGAAUUAUCGCAGUCGCAGCCCAGUCCGGCAAACGCGUGAGAGAACCGAUGGAGGGGACAUGAGAAAACCAGCGAAAGAAGACAGACCCGAAGAAAGAGACCCUCUGUCAGACCUGCAAGACAUAAGUGAUAGUGAGAGGAAAACUAGCUCUGCAGAGUCAUCCUCGGCAGGCACGGCGUCCGGCUCAGAGGAGAAAGAAGAAGCAACGAGCAGCGAGGAAUCAGGGGAAGAGGAAGACGACGAGGAGGAGGAUGAAGAAGAGGAGGAGGAGGAGGAAGAAGGAGAGGAAACUGGAAGCAAUUCCGAGGUUGUGUCUGAGCAGACUGCAGAGGAAGUUAGUGAAGAUGAAAUGAGUGAGGAGGAUGAGAGAGAAAAUGGAAAUCAUGUUCCAGUUGUUCCAGAAUCCAGAUUUGACCACGACUUGGCUGAGAGUGAAGAAGAAGAGGAGGAAGAGGAUGAUGAUGAAGAUGAAAAGAGGGAUGUUAGCCCUCACUCUAAUGUCCCAACAGAUGGAGAAUAUGUUCCAGAUUCUCCUGCCAUGUCUCCUGUUGAGCUGAAGCAGGAGCUGCCCAAAUAUCUCCCAGCUCUGCAGGGAUGCCGUAGCGUGGAGGAGUUCCAGUGCCUGAACCGUAUUGAGGAGGAAACGUAUGGGGUGGUGUACAGAGCUAAAGACAAGAAAACUGAUGAAAUUGUGGCUCUGAAGAGACUGAAAAUGGAAAAAGAAAAGGAAGGUUUCCCCAUAACCUCACUCCGCGAAAUCAACACAAUUCUUAAAGCCCAGCAUCCAGAUAUCGUUACCGUCAGGGAAAUUGUUGUAGGUAGUAAUAUGGACAAAAUCUAUAUCGUGAUGAACUACGUGGAACAUGAUCUUAAGAGUCUAAUGGAAACCAUGAAACAACCUUUCCUCCCAGGUGAGGUUAAAACUCUCAUGAUUCAGCUGCUACGAAGAGUGCGGCAUCUCCACGAUAACUGGAUCCUCCAUCGAGACCUUAAAACCUCUAAUCUGUUGCUCAGUCAUUCUGGCAUCUUAAAGGUCGGUGAUUUUGGUCUGGCUCGUGAGUAUGGUUCUCCACUAAAGCCCUAUACCCCCAUAGUGGUCACACUGUGGUACCGGGCCCCGGAGCUGCUACUUGGUGCUAAGGAAUAUUCUACUGCCAUAGACCUGUGGUCUGUGGGGUGUAUAUUUGGAGAGCUCCUUACCCAGAAACCAUUAUUCCCGGGGAAAUCAGAGAUUGAUCAGAUCAAUAGAAUCUUCAAGGAUCUUGGUACGCCAAGUGAGAAGAUCUGGCCUGGGUACAACGAGCUUCCCGCAGUGAAGAAAAUGACCUUCACAGAAUAUCCUUAUAAUAACCUUCGGAAGAGAUUCGGAGCUCUUCUUUCAGACCAAGGGUUCGAUCUUAUGAACAAGUUCUUGACUUACUGUCCAGCCAAAAGAAUCAGCUCGGAAGACGCCUUAAAGCAUGAAUAUUUCCGCGAGCCACCACUGCCUAUCGACCCAUCCAUGUUCCCGACUUGGCCAGCCAAAAGCGAACAGCAGAGGGUAAAAGGUGGAACGAGCCCUCGUCCUCCAGAAGGUGGCCUGGGGUACAGUCAGCUGGGCGAUGAUGAUCUGAAAGAUACCGGCUUUCACCUGACCACGACCAACCAGGGAGCUUCCGCGGCUGGUCCUGGCUUCAGCCUCAAGUUUUAAACCUGCUCUAAAGGGAAUCAACAUUUUCUCCUCGGCCCCAAGAGAAUCGCGAAUCAUUUUGGUUCACAAACACAAAAGUACAGACAAACUAUUCUUACUCUCUGAUUUCAUUCCAACCUGGAUUGAGCAACGUAAAAAGAAACGACAUCAACAAAUAUUCCCAAGUCAUUGACCUAUUUAUUUUUCAUCAUUGUAUAUUUGUAGAAUUAAAAUACAUUUUUAAUUGUGAAAAAAAAAAAAUUAAA